AGCAAUCUAAAUAAUUUAGGUUCUUUAUUAAUUUAGUGCGUACAAUUACUUAUAUAAUUAGUUUUAAGUUUUGAAUUAUGUCAACCAAUGAUAAUGAAUAUACUGAUGGAGCUAAUAAUGAGACAUUAGUGUAUUCUGCAGAAGUACAAAAAGCCAUAGACGAGAUUUUACCGGGUGAUGAUCCAUUAGAUAAACCUGAAUUUGAUACUAUAGACUACAUCAAUAAUCUGUUUCCUACUGAGCAAUCACUUACUAAUAUUGAUGAUGUUAUUAAUACACUUGAAUGUAAGGUAGACUCUAUUGAUAAUGACAUACGAUCAGUUAUUAGAGGUCAAAUUGAAGUUAGCAAGGAUGGUAAAGCUGAGCUUGAAGAAGCUCAACGUUACAUCAAACACCUAUUUAGUCAGAUCAGAGAAAUCAAACAAAAAGCUGAACAUAGCGAAGAAAUUGUUAAAGAAAUAACAUUAGAUAUUAAACAAUUAGACUGUGCAAAAAAGAAUCUCACUACAUCCAUUACUACACUGAAUAAUUUGCACAUGUUUGUUUCUGGCAUUGAGUCCCUCAGAUGUUUGACUACAAAACGUAAGUAUGGAGAAAUUGUAAUGCCCUUACAGGGAGUUACUGACGUUAUGAAACAUUUCAAGAACUAUACAGAUAUACCACACAUUGCUCAAUUAGCUACAGAAGUGAAACAACUUCAAGAAUCCUUAGCAACACAAAUUAUGGCUGAUUUCCAUGAAGCUUUUUCUGGCCCCAAUGCAAAAAACUUUGUUCCUAAUAGACAAAUGGCUGAAGCAUGUUUAGUUGUUUCAAUAUUAGAACCAAAAGUCAAGGAUGAAUUAUUAGAGUGGUUUAUAGAUCUACAAUUAUCAGAAUAUACACAUUUAUUUGAUAGCGCAGAAGAUGUGGCCUGGUUGGACAAGCUCAACCAAAGGUAUGCAUGGUUUAAACGACAACUAUUACAAUGUGAUGAAAAGUUUAGUUCUAUGUUCCCUGUUCAAUGGAAAUUAUCUGAAAGAAUUGCUGUUGAGUUUUGUAAAAUUACCAAAAAUGAGCUGUCUAAAUUGAUGGGUAAACGAAAAAAUGAAAUUGAUGUCAAACUUUUAUUGUAUGCAAUUCAAAAAACAAUUGCAUUUGAAAAUUUGAUGGCUAAAUCAUUUAGUGGAAGUACAAUGCAUCAAAACAUUGAUGGACCAUUAGAAAAUAAUACUAAACAACCAAUUGUCACUAACGUUGAUAUAAUGGAUGAAAUUAUUCAACCCUUUUCUGAAGAAUUACAAAUAACCAAUGAUAUGACAAGAAAUAUAGCAUCACAAACGCAGAUGAAUGAAUUAAAACAAAAUUCAUCUCCAUUUUAUGGUUUGAUUAGUGAUUGUUUUCAACCGUUCCUUUAUAUCUAUAUUAAUAGUGUUGAUAAAAAUCUGUCAGAAUUGAUUGAGCGGUUUGUCAGUGACAUUAAGAUCACCUUAGCCAAAGAAAACAUUGAUGAUCAAACUGCUACUGUUUUACCAAACUGUGCUGACUUAUUUCUAUUUUAUAAAAAGUCACUUGUUCAAUGUACUGAACUCAGCAAUCACAAUCCAAUGUUAUCAUUGGCAGCUGUAUUUCAAAAGUAUUUAAAAGAAUAUGCAACUAAAAUAUUAGAAGUCAACCUUCCAAAAAUAAGUCACCCAGCUACUUCUUUAACAACAAAUGUAUCAAAUAUGACAAAAGACUUAAUAAAAGAUUUACAACUUCUUCCAAGUGGUAUGACUGAUGCUGGUGUUAAAAAUAUAAACUGUACUCCACAAGAACUUGCUAAAAUAUGUUGUAUUUUGACUACUGCUGAUUAUUGUAUGGAAACAACACAACAGUUAGAAGAGAAAUUGAAAGAAAAAAUAGAUCCUAGCUUAGUUGGUAAAAUUAGUAUGAUUAAUGAACAAGAUUUAUUUCAAAACAUAAUUUUUACAUCUAUAAAAUUAUUAGUUCAACAUUUGGAAGCUGACUUAGAACCAGCAUUAAAUAAUAUGAUCAAAGUUCCUUGGCAAAAUAUUUCUGCUGUGGGAGAUCAGAGUGAAUAUGUUUCCAUAAUGACAACACAUUUAAAAGCUGUUGUUCCUGUUGUUCGUAAAAAUUUAUCAACAUCUAGAAAAUAUUUUACAAAGUUUUGCAUCACUUUUGCAAAUUCUUUCAUACCAAAAUUCAUACAGCAUUUAUAUAAAUGCAAGCCAUUGUCAAAUAUUGGUGCUGAACAAUUGCUGUUGGAUACUCAUUCACUAAAAACUAUUUUAUUAGAUCUGCCAUCAAUAAAUCUAGAUGAUAAUCGUAAAGCUCCAGCUAGCUAUACAAAGGUUGUGGUAAAAGGUAUGACAAAAGCAGAAAUGAUAUUGAAAUUAGUAAUGGCUCCUACAAUGAAGCAUUAUACAUCAUUUGUUGAUCAGUAUUUAAAACUAUUACCAGAAUCAGAUAUGACAGAAUUUCAAAAGAUAUUAGAAAUGAAGGGUCUGAAAGCAGCUGAAAGAAAUGAAUUAUUAAAUUUAUUUAGACCUAGGAAUCCUACUGGUAGUUUUGUAACAAGCACAGCAGCUCUAUCCAGUUUGAAACAAUAUACUAGUCGCAUAAAAAAGAAUUUGAUAUCUAACACUAAUAAUUAAUCUUAUUUAUAUCAUUGAAUAAAAAUUAUUUUUUUAAAUUUUA